AAGGGACAAAGCAGAAAAUGGAUGAGAAAAAGAAAGAGCUUAAAACAGCUCUCAGUCUGCAGUGUUGAUACUCAGAAAUGGAUUUACAUGAAUGUCUUUAUGAGGAAUAUGUCUGUGACUAUGUAUAUAAGAGGGGGCUCAGACGUUAUUCUGGACACAACAGCUCUGAGAUCUUCAAGCUCUACAGAACUUCUACAGAUUCUUUCUGUCAUUGUGAAGAAACAUCUUGAAGAAUGAGAAGCCUGAUGUGUUUGCUGUUCCUGGUGCUCUUCUGCUGUAUGCAGGUGACUUCAAGCGCUGUCUAUUCAAUUGAUGCGGCACAAUCUAAGUGUUGUGGAGACAAAAUUAAUGUGAAGAGUCCUGUGAAAAUGGUGACAUCAUACUCCUGGACCAGCAGCAGCUGUCCCAGACGCGCUAUUGUUUUUAAGACAAUCGCAGGGAGAGAGUUCUGCAUUGAUCCAGAGACCACCUGGGUGAGCGGCCAUGUUGCUAAAGUGGACAAAAGAACAAAAACUGCUACAGAAACUAAUUUUACAACAACAACUGCUACAGAAUCUAAUGCUACAUCAACAACAAAUGCUACAAAAACGACUGCUACAGAAUCAACUUCUACUGCAUCGACAACUGCUACUACAGCAAAGACUCAGAGCCUUCCAGUCUAAAAGAAGCUACACUUUUUCUAUUUUUCUAUUCUGUUCUCUGCAUUUCAUUCUGUAUAUAUUAAACCAUAUUUCUGAUGUGUAUAUGAAUAUGUAUUCUACAAAUAAUGUAUGUAAAUAAAUCCAGCUUUUUUUAAUAAAAUAUAAAUUAAUGAUAAAA